ACUUGAAAAAAAAAAAUAUUUGAAAAAAAGUACAAUCUAAUUGACAACGAAGCAUGACGAACGACGGGGAACACAUGAUCGUCAACAACAAGGAUGGCGACGGCUGCGGCGAGUGCGCGUGCGCGGGCGCCGCCGAAAACAGCUGUGCGACCAAGGCUGAGGUGCCGUCGUCCCUCCCGCUGGUGUCCGACAAGGGCAUGAAACCACCUGCCAAGAACUGCUUCAGAUUAGUGAUUCUCGGGUCGUCGAGGGUCGGGAAGACUUCGCUCGUGUCCAGAUUCCUAAGCAAUAAAUUCGAGGAAACGUAUACUCCCACAAUCGAGGACUUUCACCGCAAGCUGUACAGGAUUCGAGGCGACGUCUAUCAGCUCGACAUCCUGGACACGUCAGGCAACCAUCCCUUCCCUGCCAUGCGACGUCUCUCCUUCCUCACGGGUGACCUGUUCGUGCUCGUCUUUUCGUGGGACUCUCAGGAAUCCUGGGAGGAGGUGGUCCGCCUUCGGGAGCAGAUCCUCGAGACGAAGAUGUCGGCGUCAGCGAACUGCAGCGGGAGCAGGAAAAAGCGCACAUCCCCGCGGGUUCCUAUGGUGAUCGCCGGCAACAAGUGCGACCGGGAACAGAUGAGCGCGUCGUUAGAGGAGGUCCACGCUUUCGUCUCGUCCCUCAGCUGCUGCGCCUACGUCGAGACCUCCGCCAAGAAGGACCACAACGUCGAUAAACUCUUCUACGAGCUGUUCGUCCUCGCCAACCUGCCCAUGGAGAUGUCGCCGGCGCUGCACAAGCGAGUGUGUCCCGGCCAGCCAUCGCAGGAGACGGGGCCGAGCUUCGGCAGCCGCCACCGGGGCCUGUCCAUCCGGCGGCGGCUGAGCGAGGCCUACGGCAUGGUGGCGCCCAACGUCCGCCGCCCGUCCAUCCGCACCGACCUCCUCAUCCUCAGAGCCAAGACGUCGCUGCACCUCACGGGGAUCGACGCCUUCACGGACAAGAAGCCCCGGCGGGAGGUCUCCUGCGUCAUCCAGUGAGCGAGGCGCCGGCUCCUUCGCCGCGUGUGUCCCGCCGGGGAUGCUCGCGAGCGGGAAUGGUCCUCUGAAUGUUUACAAGAACGCAGGACUUAAUUUCGCCAUAAUUGGAGAUCCUGUUACGACGACCUCGCUAGUGUCUCGUGUCGCUGGCCGGUGCUCCCCCUCCCCCUCCCUGAUCCCACGUCCUCGGCCCCGGAGGUCAGAUGUGGCACAUUCCCACGAGAAAUUAAAACAUGUCCCGCACAUGCUGCUAUCACCUGAGAGAUGUAUAUUUCGCUGUCAUUGUUUCACUACAUUUUAUCUACGAUGAUCCACAUUCCCAUUUAUUAUACUGUGUGUUACAUACUUAUAGAGUACAUAUAUAUUUAUGUAUGGCAUACUUGUCUCGGAGAAAUGCUCUCGUACUCCCGUGUAUUAGAAAUACCCAUUACUUUAUUUUUUCUCAUCAGCUUAACAGCAGCCGACAUUUUCUUUGAGAAUGAAAGAUUCUAUAAAUAGAGACAAUGCAUAUUUUUUGUAUUCAGGUACACAGAUGCAGAGGUAGUUUAUUGGCAGCUUUUCUUAUAAUUGUAUCACCCGGCGGCGGUGUUGCAUUUGUGGAGGUGUGCGUGGGAGGCUGUGCGCGGGGAUGGAAGGUCUGUGCUUUAGGAUUUUCCUUUUUUUCUCGUCGCUGAGUGCGUAGGAGUAAACGGAGAAGGA